CUGGAGGUAGAGUCCGGCCUCUGUGGGCAGUCUGAGGCCAGCCCCGCCCACCUGUCCCUUUUUCAGGGAUCACUAGUCAGGGGGCUCGUCGUCGUCGCUGUGGUGCCAUUGGCCUGGAGGGCUGCAUCAAGGAGGAAGUAGCUGAGUUCCCAGUGUUCUUCCUCACCUGUUUGGGCUACUGUGCACAGCUGCGCCCAGGCUCGGCCCCACCCCUUGUGGCCCUCUGCCUGUGACUCCCCCAUCCCUCUGGGGAGAUGCUGUCCGGUGGGUGGUUUCACCGAGACCUCAGUGGGCUGGAUGCAGAGACGCUGCUCAAGGGCCGCGGGGUCCAUGGGAGCUUCUUGGCUCGGCCCAGUCGCAAGAACCAGGGCGACUUCUCCCUCUCCGUCAGGGUCGGGGAUCAGGUGACCCACAUUCGGAUCCAGAACUCGGGAGAUUUCUAUGACCUGUACGGAGGGGAGAAGUUUGCGACACUGACGGAGCUGGUGGAGUACUACACACAGCAGCAGGGUGUCCUGCAGGACCGGGAUGGCACCAUCAUCCACCUCAAGUACCCGCUGAACUGCUCCGACCCCACCAGCGAGAGGUGGUACCACGGUCACAUGUCUGGGGGGCAGGCAGAGACACUGCUGCAGGCCAAGGGUGAGCCCUGGACGUUUCUCGUGCGUGAGAGUCUCAGCCAGCCUGGAGAUUUUGUGCUGUCCGUGCUCAGCGACCAGCCCAAGGCUGGCCCAGGCUCCCCACUCAGAGUCACUCAUAUCAAGGUCAUGUGUGAGGGUGGACGCUACACGGUGGGUGGCUCAGAGACCUUUGACAGCCUCACAGACCUGGUGGAGCAUUUCAAGAAGACGGGGAUUGAGGAGGCCUCGGGUGCCUUCGUCUACCUGCGGCAGCCGUACUAUGCCACUCGGGUGAACGCAGCUGACAUUGAGAAUCGGGUGUUGGAACUCAACAAGAAGCAGGAGUCGGAGGAGACAGCCAAAGCCGGCUUUUGGGAGGAGUUCGAGAGUCUGCAGAAGCAGGAGGUAAAGAACUUGCACCAGCGGCUGGAAGGCCAGAGGCCAGAGAACAAGAGCAAGAACCGUUACAAGAACAUUCUUCCGUUCGACCACACCCGAGUGAUCCUGCAGGGACGUGACAGCAACAUCCCUGGGUCCGACUAUAUCAAUGCCAACUACGUCAAGAACCAGCUGCUAAGCCCCGAUGAGAACGCUAAGACCUACAUCGCCAGCCAGGGCUGCCUGGAGGCCACAGUCAACGACUUCUGGCAGAUGGCAUGGCAGGAGAACACCCGCGUCAUUGUCAUGACCACCCGAGAGGUGGAGAAAGGCCGGAACAAAUGUGUGCCAUAUUGGCCAGAGGUGGGCACUCAGCGCGCUUAUGGACCGUACACAGUAACCAAUUGCGGGGAGCACGACACAGCUGAGUACAAACUCCGUACCUUGCAGGUCUCCCCGCUGGACAAUGGGGACCUGGUUCGGGAGAUCUGGCACUAUCAGUACCUGAGCUGGCCUGACCAUGGCGUCCCCAGCGAGCCUGGGGGUGUCCUCAGCUUCCUGGAUCAGAUCAACCAGCGGCAGGAGAGUCUGCCUCACGCGGGACCCAUCAUUGUGCACUGCAGCGCAGGCAUUGGCCGCACGGGCACCAUCAUCGUCAUCGACAUGCUCAUGGAAAGCAUCUCCACCAAGGGGUUGGACUGUGACAUCGACAUCCAGAAGACCAUCCAGAUGGUGCGGGCGCAGCGCUCCGGCAUGGUGCAGACCGAGGCGCAGUACAAGUUCAUCUAUGUGGCCAUCGCCCAGUUCAUUGAAACCACCAAGAAGAAGCUGGAGGUCAUUCAGUCCCAGAAGGGCCGGGAGUCAGAGUACGGGAACAUCACCUACCCCUUAGCCAUGAAGAACGCCCAUGCCAAGGCAUCCCGCACCUCUUCCAAACACAAGGAGGAUGUAUAUGAGAACUUGCACAGUAAGAACAAGAAGGAGGACAAGGUGAAGAAGCAGCGGUCGGCGGACAAGGAGAAGAGCAAGGGUUCCCUCAAGAGGAAAUGAGGCGGGCCUCAGCCCUGAUCCCUGCAGAGGCCUCCGGUGGGCCAACCCACGGCCGGAACUGAGGAGCCCGCCCCCAUUCUAUUGUAAUUUAAGUGGCUGUGUCCCUACUUCCCUCUUCCUGACCCUGUAUAUAGCCCUGCGAGACUCCAGGCAGCAUCAGGCCCUAUACUCUUGUAAAUAAAGCCCCUAGGAUCACUGUG